AUGGAAGCUGGACUGUGCUGCAGCUUGUGGAAGCCCUGGGGUCUUGCCUGGAGAACACAGAUCCUCGGACGCGAGGGCGAGGCAUCCAGCUGCUGUCACAAGUCCUGCUCCAGUGUUACUCCCUGCUCCAGGAGAAGGAAGAGCAUGUGUGAGGUGCUGUCCCCGGGGUUAGCGGUGUCUGUGCUCAAAGCUAUCUUCCAGGAGGUACACGUGCAGUCCCUGCUGCAGCUGGACCGCCACACAGUCUACAGCAUCAUCACCAACUUCAUGGGCACCAGGGAGGAAGAGCUGAAGGGCCUGGGUGCCGACUUCACCUUCGGCUUUAUCCAGGUGAUGGAUGGGGAGAAGGAUCCCCGCAACCUGCUGGUGGCCUUCCAGAUCGUGCAUGAUCUCAUUACCAAGAACUAUGCCCUGGGUCCCUUUGUGGAGGAGCUGUUUGAAGUGACGUCCUGCUACUUCCCCAUUGAUUUUACUCCACCCCCCAAUGACCCUCAUGGCAUCCAGAGAGAAGACCUGAUCCUCAGCCUCCGGGCUGUACUGGCCUCCACGCCCCAAUUUGCUGAGUUCCUGCUCCCUCUGCUCAUUGAGAAGAUGGACUCAGACCUGCAAAGUGCAAAGCUUGACUCCCUGCAGACUCUGACUGCCUGCUGUGCCAUCUACGGGCAGAAGGAGCUGCAGGAAUUCCUCCCCAGCCUCUGGUCAUCCCUGCGCAGGGAGGUGUUCCAGACAGCAAGCGAAAAGGUCGAGGCAGAGUGCCUGGCUGCGCUGCAUGCCCUCUCAGCCUGCCUCUCCUGCUCUGUGCUCAGCUCUGACACCGAGGACCUGCUGGAUUCCUUCCUCAGCAGCAUCCUGCAAGAUUGCAGGCACCAUCUGUGUGAGCCCGACAUGAAGCUGGUGUGGCCAAGUGCCAAACUCCUGCAGGCAGCAGCGGGUGCCUCCCUCCGCACCUACCACCGUGUCACCCGCAGCGUCCUGCCCCUGCUGCUGGAGCAGUACACCAAGCACCCGCAGAGUAGCCAGAGGAGGACAAUCUUGGAAAUGUUGCUGGGCUUCCUGGAGUUGCAGCAGAAGUGGGGACAUGUGGAAGAAGAUGAGAGCACUCUGCUGUCACUCCGAGCCCCGGUUUGCUCUGUGGUGUUCUCAGCACUGACGGAUCCCAGCGUGCAGCUGCAGCUGGUCGGGAUUAGGGCACUGACUAUCCUGGGCUCCCUGCAAGGCUUCCUGUCUCCCUCUGACCUGGAGCUGGUUGUGGAUCACCUCAUCCGUCUCGCUUUGCAUGAGGAGGAUUCCCAGAGCAGCGAAGCAGCAAUGGAGGCAGCCGGAUCUCUGGCCCCCAUCUACCCAAAGGUUUUCUCUGGACGCAUGGUACCCAGGCUUGAAGAGGAGCUGCAGUCAGAGCGGGAGGGAGAGAGCCCCCGCGACCACCGCUCCCUAAAAAAAGCCUGCCUGCGGGCCCUGCCGGCCUGGUCCAGGCACACCAGCAUCGUGAGGGAGACUGUCCCUGUCCUGCUGCAGCAUCUCCGGAAGGUGCAGAAAGGGAGCGAGGCCGGGAAUGCCCAGGACGUGGUCUCUGUGUGCCAGAGCCUGCACCGUGUGGCCCUGCAGUGCCAGCGGGACCCGGAGGGCUGCUGGUACUACCACCAGACAGUGGUGCCCUGCCUGCUGGCCAUGGCUGUGCAGGCUGCCAUGCAAGAGAGCACCCACCUGCUGCUGGGCAAGGCACUGCUGAAGGAAGAGGUGCUGGCUGCCAUGGUCCCAGUCAUCAGCGGUGCCACCACUCACCUGAGCCCUGAGCUGGCUGCCCAGAGUGUGUCUCACGUGGUGCCCCUCUUCCUGGAGGGAGAGGUCUCCUUCCUGCCUCAGAACAGUUUUCCCUGCUCCUUCCAGCCCUUCGAGGAUGGGGAGUGCUUGGAGGCACAGAGACGCCUGGUCGUCCUCCUCAUGGCCUUCGUCUGCUCCUUGCCCCGCGAUGUGGCAAUUCCUCAACAGGAGCGGCUAGGGGAGUUGCUGGCGUGGAGCUCCUCUCGCAACUGCCCCUCCACAGCCACCACAGCUGCCAAGUGCUUUGCAGGGCUGGUGAACAAGCACCCGGCGGGGCAGCAGCUGGAUGAAAUCCUGCAGCUUGCAGUGAACAGGAUGGAGCCUGGCCUUGUGGAGGGGCCCUGCCGAACGCAGGCGCUCACCCUGCUGCUCUGGGUGACCAAAGCCCUAGUGCUGCGCUACCACCCCCUGAGCUCCCAGCUGACGGACAAGCUGCUGGGCCUGCUGGGUGAUGCGGAGCUGGGCCCCGCCGUGGCUGGCGGCUUCUCCCUGCUCAUGGCUGAGUCCCCGGACGUGCUGCACAAGGGCUGCCUCUCCACGCUGGGCUGCCUCCAACCGCUGCUGCUCGAAGCUCCCCAGAUCAUGAGCCUGCACGUCGACACACUGGUCACCAAGUUCCUCAGCCUCACCUCCAGUCCCACCAUGGCUGUCCGAAUUGCCGCCCUGCGCUGUGCCCAUGCACUUACCAGCCUGCCCACAACAGUGCUGCUCCCGUACAAGGCCCGAGUUAUCCGGGCACUGGCCAAGCCUUUGGAUGAUAAGAAGAGGCUGGUGCGGAAGGAAGCGGUGGCAGCACGGGGGGAAUGGUUCCUGCUGGGGAGCCCGGGCAGGUGA